UUACCAGCGGAACAAAUAUCGAAGCUCAGAGCAUCACAGUCUCCGAUAGCCAUCUCCGUGCAUCGCUGCCCCACGUGGUCGUCGCUAGAGCCUCUGCGCUUCAAGCAGUACUGGGACAACGACUCCAAUGGCGUCUUGCUCAAUACGGGACAAACUGCGUACUUCACGUUCGACACGCCGUCCAGACCUCGUCUCAGUGGAGGGCCUCUGAUAGGCGAGUACAUAUUCGAGCAGAUGCACUUCCACUGGUCGGUGGACGACUUCACGGGCUGUGAGCACGUGCUCGAUGGACACGGAUACGCAGCAGAGUGCCAUCUCGUACAUUACAACAGUAAGUACCAGUCGCUGGAGGCGGCGGUGGCUCACGCCGAUGGUCUGGCCGUGGUCGGAUACCUUCUGGAGGCAACCGACGCCCCCAACCCAAGUUUUGACAAGUUCGUCGAAGGAUUAGAACAGAUAAGGAAGCCUGAGAACAGUGUGGUAGUUUCAUCAGAGUCCUUGGUAUGGAUGGAUAGCGAAGACGUGGCUAAGGGUAGUUACGUCACUUACAAGGGCUCGCUUACCACGCCGCCCUACACCGAGUGUGUCACAUGGAUCAUAUACGAGAAACCAGUGCAAAUUGGGAGCGAGCAGCUGGGUCUUCUGCGGCAGUUGGAGGGCACUAACAGCAUCCCUAUUGAGAGGAACGUGCGUCCCACCCAGAGACACCCCCCGGGACAUUCGGUGAUAUACGUUAAACAAGUGAAGGCGAAACUAUGACACCUCUACGCCAGAUGUCCAAAUAAAUUCAGUUA